GCCAUCACAGUAACAGCAAAAAACAACAGAACAUCGCUGUCGUCGCUGCUGCAGCGCCGUCGCCGCUGACGUCGCCGCAUGCAUACUAUUAAUUUAUUAUACAAAUUGUUUUUAUUUUGAAUAAUGGAUCGUCGUGCAUUGAAGUUUAUGCAAAAAAGAGCGGACACUGAAAGCGAAACAACAGCAACAACAACAAAUACAUCGGCAGCAGCAACAAUUCUAACAACGGCCGCAGCCUCAACAGCAACAGCAACAACAACGACCACAACAUCAACAACAACAACAACUGCGCUACCCCUAAAGGACAAUUCGAAUAUAAGAAGCAGCAGCAGCAACAACGGCAACAGCGACAAGUUGCAAACAGCAACGCAACAGCUACAACAGUUACAGCAGCAACAUAAGCAACAGCAGCAGCAGCAGCAGCAACAGCAACAGCAGCAACAGCAACAUAUUGAACGACCGUUAAAGUGUUUGGAGACUUUGGCUCAAAAGGCUGGAAUAACAUUUGACGAGAAAUACGAUUUUGCUAGUCCGCCGCAUCCAGGCAUUGGCAACAACAACAACAAUAACAACAACAGCAGCACCAACAAUAACAACACUAAUAACAACAAUAAUAAUAACAACAACAACAAUAACAACAACAACAACAACAACAAUACACAAUUGAACAACAAUAAUCACAUCAAAAGCGGCACGCCCACAUCAAUUGCCUCAAAUACAGCGCAAACACCGCGUCGCACAGCAACAACACCGACAGCAGCAACAACACCCACAGCGGCAACAACACCCAACAGCAACAGCAACAACAACGCGCGCUCACGCAGCGUUUCGCGUUCGCGUUCACGUUCCAGCACGCCCACAUCGCGUGUAGCAGCAGCGGCAGCGGCAGCAGCAGCAGCAGCAACAUCAGCAGCGACAGCAGCAGCAGCAGCAGCAACAGCAGUUGUUGGCGGCACGCUGGAGAAAUCACAGAGCCCCGCCCAACAGGUGGCAUCCGCUGCGGCGGUGCCACUGCAAAUUUCACCAGAGCAAUUUCAGCAAUUCUAUCCGUAUACGGCCAUACAGGUUAAGCAGGAGUUUCCCACACACAAUGCUAGCGGCAAUAGCAACAAUGUUGUUGGUGGCGGCAACAGCAACAACGGCGGCGGCGGCAACAACAACAAUAGCGGCAACAGCGGCAACAAUAGUGGCAAUAGCAACGAUCUGAAGCAUGCAACAAGCCUAUUGGACGCCAGUCAGACGACACAGCUGCAACAGUUGCAGCUGCAACAGUUGACGGCGGCCGGCGAUGGCAGUGCAGCGAUUGCUGCGGCGGCCGCUGCUGCUGCUGCUGCUGCCGGCAGUCCGGCGCAACAGAAUGCGCUCCAGGCAGCGGCAGCAGCAGCAGCAGCGGCAGCACAACAACAACAAGUUGUACAGCAGCAACAGCAGCAGCAACAGCAACAGCAGCAACAGCAACAACAACAGCAGCAACAACACUCGGCAGCAAUCAGCACAAUGUCGCCAAUGCAGCUGGCCGCUGCCACCGGCGGAGUGCCCGGCGAUUGGGCCAACGGCCGGACAGUGCAGCUGAUGCAGCCCUCGACGGGCUUCAUCUACCCGCAGAUGAUCGUCUCCGGCAACCUAUUGCCGGCAACGCUCGGCCAGCAGCCGAUCCAGGUGAUCGCCAGCAAGCACUUCCAGGGCAGCGGGCCGCAGAUGAUAACGACGACCACGCAGAACGCCAAGCAGAUGAUCGGCGGGCAGGCGAGCUUCGCCGGCGGCACCUAUGCGAUACCCUCGAGCCAGUCGCCGCAGACGCUGCUGAUAUCGCCGGUGAAUGUGAUUUCGCCGCAGCAGCAGAGUCUGCUGCACUCGAUGCAGGCGGCGGCGGCACAGCAGCAACAGCAGCAGCAGCAGCAACAGCAACAGCAGCAACAACAGCAGCAGCAACAGCAGCAGCAGCAACAGCAACAGCAGCAGCAGCAAUUGACGCAACAGCAACAGCUGACUGCGGCUGCUGCCGCCCAGCAGGCCGCUCUCGCCGUCACCGCCUCGAAGGUCGGCGUCACCACCGAUGGCCAGGCCAAGCUGCAGCAGAAGGUGGUGCAGAAGGUGACCACCACAACGAACACGGUGCAGGCGGCCAGCGGUGCCGCUGGCAAUGCCCAGACGCAGCAGCAACAGCAGCAGCAGACCACCACACAGCAAUGUGUCCAGGUGUCGCAGUCGACCCUGCCGGGCGUGACGGCCGCCCAGGCGGCGCAGCUCAUCAGUCCGCUGCAGAACGCGGCCACCGGGCAGCAGAUGCAGCUCGGCCCGUGGUUCUGGCCCAAUUUCGGUGCGAAUCCGAUUAUAUUGCGCGGCCAGCCGGAUCAUACGUCGGGCAUGUUCAUACAGCAGCCGGCGACGCAUCAGGCGCUCCAGACCCAACAGAAUCAGAUAAUUCAGUGCAAUGUGACGCAGACGCCGACAAAGGCGCGCGCUCAGCUAGACGCGCUGGCGCCCAAGCAACAGACGCAGCAGCAGCAACAGGCAAACGCCCAGCAACAACAGCAGCAGCAGCAGCAGCAACAGCAGCAACAGCAGCAGCAGCAGCAGCAACAGUUGACGGCGCAGCUGCAGCGGACAGGUGCGCCCAUCUUGCCACACAAUGGGGCACAGGUGCGGCCAGCCAGCUCGGUGUCCACGCAGACGGCGCAGAACCAGAGCUUGCUCAAGGCGAAGAUGCGCAACAAGCAGCAGCCGGUGCGACCCGCUCUGCCCACCCUGAAGACGGAGAACGGCCAGGUGGGCGCUGGCGGCAACAAGGCGCAGGCCGGACAGGUGAACAGCAAUGCGCUCACCCAGCACUUGGCCGUACAACAGCAACAGCAACAGCAGGCGGCGGCAGCAGCAGCAGCAGCGGCCGCUGCCAAUCUGCAUCAGGUGGUGACGACGGCGGGCAACAAGAUGGUGGUCAUGAGCACGGGCACGCCCAUAACACUGCAGAAUGGGCAGACGUUGCAGACGGGCAGCGUCGAUAAGCAACAGCAGCAGCAACACCAGCAGCAACAGUUGCAGAUCAUGAAGAAUCAGCAGUUGUUGCAGCAGCAGAUGUUGCAGCACCAACUGCUGCAGUUGCAACAGCAACAGCAGCAGCACGCCCAACACCAGCAGCAGGCACAGCAACAGCAACAGCAGCAACAGCAGCAGCAGCAACAGCAGCAGACGCAGCAAACGCAGCAGCAACAGACGUUGACAAAUGCCACAGCGCAGCAAAUAUUGCAGGUGGCACCAAAUACGUUUAUUGCCUCGCAGCAGCAGCAGGCACAGCAGCAACAGCAGCAACAGUUGCAAAAUCAACUGCUGCAGCAUCAAUUGCAGCAGGUGCAGCAGCAGCAACAGGCGCAACAGCAGCAGCAGCGCGAGCAUCAACAAAAUAUCAUACAGCAAAUUGUGGUGCAACAGUCGCAGCCGACGCAGCAGCAGCAGCAGCAACACCAACAGCAGCAGCAGCAGCAACAACAGCAGCAGCAGCAGCAGCAGCAGCAGCAAGCACAGCAACAACAGUUGCAGCUAACCAGCGUGCCGUUCUCUGUCAGCUCAACGACAACACCCGCGGGCAUUGCCACCUCGAGCGCCUUGCAGGCGGCUUUGUCCGCCUCGGCGGGCACCGUCUUUCAAACCACUGCCAAGACGAGCAACUCAAUGCCGAGCAGCAGCGUCGUCACCAUCAGCAACCAGGGCACUGGGCCGCUGGUCACCAGCAGCACGGUAGCCAGCCUGCAGCAGCAGGCGCAGCAAUUGCAGCAACAGCACCAACAGCAGCAGCAGCAGCAACUCAUUACGGCUAGCCUAGCGGCGGCUACUCAGCACCAGCAGCAGCAGCAGCAGGCACAGCAACAGGCACAGCAACAGGCACAGCAGCAGGCGCAGCAGCAAGCGCAGCAGCAGGCGCAGCAACAGGCACAGCAACAGGCACAGCAACAGGCACAGCAGCAGCAACAGGCGCAACAGCAGGCACAGCAGCAGCAGCAGCAGCAACAGCAGCAGCAACAGCAGUUAACUAGCACCACAUUGACCGCCAGCUCACCCACACAGAAUCCCAUACUGGCCAUGACAUCCAUGAUGAAUGCAACAGUUGGUCUGCCAGCGACAACAGCAACGCCGACGGUCAGCACGGCGCUGGUGACGCUCAGCAAUAGCAACAGCAUAACAUCACUGCCAGCCACGCCCACCAAGAGCGUAAGCAUGAACAGCAGCCAGGAGACGACGCCCAAGCAGCAGCAGCAGCAGCAGCAGCCAACGGCAACAUUGGUGCCCAUCGAAUCGUCGCUGACAGCAGCCAGCGUCGACUCGAGCAGCUCCACGGCAACAACGACAACAACAACAGCAGCAGCUGAGGCGCUGCACAACGGCGAUGCCAGCGAGUCCACCAAGCUAACAGCAACAGCUGCUGUUGUCAAGCAAAGCAAUGCAGUGUUGCCCAGCAGCAGCAGCGGCAACAGCAACAGCAGCAGCAACAGCAAAGAGGACAAGAGCAGCAACAGCAGCAAUAAUGUGAGCAGCACAGCGUCUACCAAUGGCAUUGCCAGCAGCGGAUUGCGUGCGAGCAGCGGCAGCAGCAGCAACAGCAGCACAACAACCACAUCGACAACAACAACGACGAGCAACAGCAGCAGCAACAACAGCAGCAGCAACAGCAAUGGCAAAGACCUGCCCAAGGCAAUGAUCAAGCCGAAUGUCUUGACGCAUGUCAUCGAUGGCUUCAUUAUACAGGAGGCGAACGAGCCCUUUCCGGUCACCCGGCAGCGCUAUGCGGACAAGGAUGACAAGGACGAGCCGCCCAAGAAAAAAGCAGCGCUGCAGGAAACGGAUCUCAAGUCGAGUGCAGCAGCAGCGGCGACAGCGACAGCGGCUGCAACAACGACAACCACCACCGCCACUGGACAGGCAACAGUUGCUGCUGGUGGCGGUGGCGGUGGCGGUGGCGCCGUUGCUGUGGGCGGCCCACUGGCUGGCCUGCCCGCCGACAUGGUGGCGUGUGAGCAGUGCGGCAAGCCGGAGCAUCGCAGCAAGCUGAAACGCAAGCGCUAUUGCUCGCCGGGCUGUGCGCGCCUGGCCAAAACGAGCAACAACAACGCGAGCAGCAACAGCAACUCGAACAGCAACAGCAACAACAACAACAGCAAUGGCAGCGGCAUCGGCAUGGUUGGCGCCGACGCAAUGGCGCUGGCCGACAAGCUGGACGAAUCGCUGGCCGAGGAGAAGAUGCAAACGGAUGCGCUGAGCCCGGACCCGGGCAUGAUCAUAGCCGAGCUGCCGGCGACGGCAACGGUGGCAAUUGCCGCAGCCGCUGUCACAGCGCUGCCAGCAACAGCGGCUGCCACGCCCACCAGCAGCUGCAGCAGCAGCAACAACAACAUUGCCAUUGCCAUUGCGCCGAUCUCGAGCUGGAGCGUGGAUGAGGUUAGCGAAUUUAUACGCAAGCUGCCCGGCUGCCAGGACUACGUGGAUGACUUUGUGCAGCAGGAAAUCGAUGGGCAGGCGCUGCUGCUGCUCAAGGAGAGCCACUUGGUGAGUGCGAUGGGCAUGAAGCUGGGGCCGGCGCUCAAAAUCGUCGCCAAAGUGGAGUCCAUGAAGGAGGUGAAUCUGCCCGCUGUCAACGAUGUGGCCAAGGAUGCCCAGCAAUAGUGCACAGUGCGAGCAAGGGCUGAUGUUGCUCCUGUCGCUGGCAGCAGCAGCAGCAGCAGCAGAAGAAGUAGAAGGAGCAACAGCAGCAGCAGCAGCAGCAGCGGCAGCGAUAGCUCUGCCACAUCUCUAUCGUUGCUAUCGCCCACCUACUCCAUAACACCGCCGCCGUAUUCGCCCGUCUAAAUUGGCGCUGGUCUAACCAGUUGUUGUUGGUGUUGGAGUUGUAGUCGGAGUUUAUCGUGAAUGUGAUUCACAUUAGCUAAACUAGCUAAGACUUCAACCAGCCCCCUACCCCCCUCACCCCCCAACCACCAUCCACGCACUCCCAGCUCAACAUCUUAGGCAUUCCCAACCCCGCCCCCACCACCCACGCCCCCUCCCUCGCUGCUGUCUCAUAGUCUCUAAACUUAACUUUAAUGUAGCUUCAAAUUUGUAAGGCCAAUGGUAUGAUAAACAUGAUUCGAGUACUACAACUAGGCUAAGUUAAAUCCACUUAACACCCUCAUCUAGCUUUAGUCUAUAUAGCUUAUAGAUAGAUAUAUGAAGCCAUCCCCUCACCCCUCACCUCACACACACAUACCCAUCAAUUGUACAAUCGAGAGCAUUCAAAAAGGAAAACAAAAAUUUUCUUCAACGUUUUUAUUAAAAAAAAAAAAAAAAAGAGAAAUACCAUUAAAUAUACUAAACAAAAUACUAUUAAUUUACUAAGGCUAAUUGCAGUUAUGUAAGUUUCUGAAUUGAAAAUAAACUUUUUUUUUUUUUAUUAUGCAUUAAAAAUAUUUAAAAAAAUGAGAAAAAAAAAACAAACCAGAAAUUGUACGAAAAUUUUGAGAAAAAAUGAAAAGAAAAACUAGUUAAUAUAUGAUAGUUAUAGUUACUAUAUACUAUAUAUAUAUAUACUUACAUUAAUUGUACUUUAAAUUACACCAUUUUUUUUUUAUUCAAAUACAUACACAUAUAUAUUUAUCGGUAUAUAUAUGUGUGUAUUUAUCUUGAAAGCAACUUGGCAAAAUGCUAGCUAGAGUUAAACCAGUUGAUAUCUGUGGAACUGAGUCUAUAUAUAGCCAAUAUAUAGCCUAUACUACCAACUACACACACACACACACAUAACACACAAUCUUUUUGCUAAACAUUUAAUCAUAAUAUAUAUAUAUAUAUGUUUAGUAUAUCUGGUAAAUAUUUUUUUUAUAA